AUGUUUCUAUCCAAACCAUCCAAUAGAGUCGCCGUAAAACUUGGCGCGUUCGUGACCACGCCCCCUUGGCCCAACGUGCGCAUCUUCGGUAUAAUCGAUAUUAUUCUUCUGAAUUUGGAUGAUAAUAAAGUUAUAUUUGAUACAAAAGAAGAAAAUGAAAUAAACACUACCUACGAAAGAAAUGAUAAUGAUUUGAAUACUGUUUCAAAUAUGCCAUGUUGGCACCAGUCAAUUGAUAACGAUGGAAGACUAUUAUGUAAAUUCUGUGAUUUAAAAUAUUCUACAAUGGAAACAUUAAGAAUUCAUAUAAAAAGAAAACAUUCCAAAGAUUACGCAGAGUUAAAAAAAUCUAUUUUACAUUUCAAAAGGAACAGUAAACAUGUUUGUCGAAUUUGCAAGAAAACUUUUAUUUUGUUAUCAGAUUUAAAAACUCAUGUCAAUGUAAAACAUAAAAUUGAAGUUAUUAAGUCAUCAUGUACAGAUUGUGAUGCAACUUUCAAUGAUAGUAUCGAGUUAUCAGAACAUAUGUAUAUAAAACAUAACAAGGAUGCAAAUUUAUCAGCAUUUAUAUGUGAAAUUUGUGGUUAUAGAACUAUGAAGAGAUCUCAUUAUAAGCAACAUUGUAAUACUCAUGAUGAAAAAAAGCUACUGUCUUGUCACUAUUGUGACUAUAAAACAAAUUCUACAUCAAAUUUAACCAUACACGAGUAUAUUCAUACAAAAAAUAAGUCUUUUGCAUGUGAUUUUAUGAAUUGUGAUUAUCGCUGUGGUUCUAAGGCCGCAUUAAGAGGUCACAAAUUAAAACAUUUCCCAGAGAAAAAUAUGCUAUUUUGUGACAAAUGCAAUUACAAAACAGUUUAUAAACAUUCUUUGAAAAAACAUUCGGACAGCCAUGAAAGGAAUUGUACAAGAGUAAAG